CUUCCGGUCUCCCCAUGGCACUUCCGCUCGAUGCUGGAAGCUCUGCUGCCCUCCGCUGUCAAGGGGCAGCCGCCGAGACCACCAGCUGCUGCUGGCAGAUCUCACAUUUUGGAUUCUGGCUGUCUUAACAUGAGUGACACUUUGACAUUAGAUGUCAUUGGUCAAAGAGUUGAAGUAAAUGGAGAAUAUGCAACAGUGCGUUUUUCUGGCGUUGUUCCUCCUGUGGCAGGACUCUGGUUAGGAGUGGAAUGGGACAAUCCAGAGAGAGGAAAGCAUGAUGGGAGCCGUGAAGGGAUUGUGUACUUUAAAUGCAGGCACCCAACGGGAGGAUCUUUUAUUCGUCCAAACAAGGUAAAUUUUGGAGUGGACUUUCUUACUGCAGUUAAGAACCGCUAUGCAUUAGAAGAUGGACCAGAAGACUAUGGGGAAGAGCAAAUAAUUAUAAUUGGGAAGAAACCUGUGGAGACCAUUGGUUUUGACUCUGUGAUCAAACAGCAGAGUCAUCUGAACAACUUGCAAGAGAUUUCUCUAAGGAACUGUGCAGUAAGUUGUGCUGGUGAAAAAGGAGGAAUUGCCAGAACAUGUCCUAAUAUUACAAGAGUAGAUGUGUCAAAAAACCUGUUGUCAUCAUGGGAUGAAGUGAUUCGUAUUGCUGAUCAACUCAAAAACCUGGUGGUUCUUAAUCUCAGUGAAAACAAGCUGCAGUUUCCCUCUGGCUCACCAGUGCUAACUGGAACAUUUUCUACAUUGAAGGUAUUAGUUCUCAAUCAAACAGGAAUUACGUGGGCUGAGGUGCUGCAGUGUGCCCUGGGGUGGCCAGUCCUUGAGGAGCUGUAUCUGGACUCCAACAACAUCUUCAUUUCCGAAAGGCCCAGUGAUGUUCUACAGAUGCUCAAGCUGUUAGACCUUUCCUCUAACCCAUUAAUUGAUGAAAAUCAGCUGUUCCUGAUAGCCUAUCUGCCCAGAUUAGAACAACUAAUCCUUUCUGACACUGGAAUUUCUUCUAUACAUUUUCCGGAUGCUGGAAUUGGGUGCAAAACAUCCAUGUUCCCGUCCCUGCAGUACCUUGUAGUAAAUGACAAUCGGAUAUCACAAUGGUCAUUCAUCAAUGAGCUAAACAAAUUACAGAGCUUGCGUGCCCUGUCCUGUCUAAGGAACCCCCUGACUGAAGGAAGCAAGGAAGCACAGACCACUCGACAGCUCAUUAUUGCCAAAAUUGGUCAACUAAAAACCCUGAACAAAUGUGAGAUUCUUCCAGAGGAACGGCGAGGAGCUGAGCUUGAUUACCGAAAAGCUUUUGGAAAUGAGUGGAAAAAGGCUGGUGGACAUCAGGAUCCAGAGAAAAACAGACCAAAUGAAGAAUUUCUUGCAGCCCAUCCUAGAUACCAGCUCCUGUGCCACAAAUAUGGUGCACCUGAGGACGGAGAACUCAAAGUACAACAACCAUUUAUGCUGAAAAACCAACUACUGACACUGAAGAUAAAAUAUCCAAACCAACUUGAACAGAAGGUCUUAGAGAAGCAACUGCCAGGUUCCAUGGCCAUUCAAAAGGUGAAGGCAUUACUGUCACGUCUUCUCAAAGUUCCUGUGUCAGAACUUUUGCUGUCCUAUGAAAGUCCCAAGAUGCCGGGCAGAGAAAUUGAACUAGGAAAUGACCUUCAGUCAUUACAGUUUUAUUCUGUGGAAAAUGGAGAUUGUCUACUAGUGAGAUGGUAACAACCAGCUUUAAAAAUUUAGUGACUAGACUGUUCAUCAUGACUGGGGUUCGCUGGGAAGAAAUGAUUUGCUAGAACAGUUCUACUGUCAAAUGAGGUUUUACAGCUUGCCGAAAGUAUAACAGAGGAUGUACUUUUCACCAGGAAGAGACCAUUUGUAGGCUUGUAUAUAAUAGCAGUAAUAAAGGCUUUGACUACUCAUGAUCUUCUGAUCUUACUUCAUAUGUAUUUUUAUAGCUCCUCACUAUUAUUAAAUAGAAACUAACUAGUCUAAUAACAUCUGAAUAUAGCUAAUGUCUGUCACAGACUAGUUUUAAUGAAAUUCUCUACUGAUACUAUUUUAAAAGAUUACCGAAAUGAUUUGGUCACGUGGGGAAGUGUCCCUUAAAUUCAGGGAGGCACAUCCUUUAAACUGUCUGACAUGGUCCAGUUCUGAGCAGGGAGCACAUAUUUAUUAGAAUUUGAGUAUUAGAGUUUUUCUUCUCAGAUWUACUAUCUUGAGAGUCCUUAACAAGGCAAUCACAGGCUUUUCUGUAUAGUUAUACCUAAACUGAGCAUAGUGUUCCCAGCUCUGACGGACUUACCCAGGGGGCAAUGAUAAAAGCAAAAUCUUCCCUAUGGCACAAAAACCCAAAGAGAUAUAAAAAUGUGUUUUAACAGGAGUACUAAACUGAUUUUCAGGAUUUAUCUUAAA